AUGGGGCGCCGGAAAUCAAAUGUGAUCCUGCGAGCUCUGUCGUGCUUGAAGCACCAGGCUGGGAGCAGCGUUCGCUCGCUAUCCAAAUUGCUAGGAUGUCGGGCGCCGCGGGGCAGCAUCAAGAAGCUCGCCAGGAAGAAGAGGAUUUCUAGGGGCAAUUCGGUGGGAUUCAAGCUCGCAUCCAGAUCGAUAAGCAGUAGCAAGCACUUGGAAUCGAAGAGGAAGAAGAAGAAGAAGAACGAUCACCACCGCAGAAGAAAGCGAUCGAGGAAGAGCGAGCAGCAUGAUCACAAGCUCAAGCGGCGAAGGAGGCGACGACGAAGAAGACGAAGAAAACAAAAGGGAAGAGGCUCGCGCGGGAAAUGGGGAUUGCUGUGA